UAAUGGAACAUCAUUCUCUUGCUCAUGCCCGGUUAGAUUUAGCGGCGACCUCUGCGAAAUAGAAGGUAAAUAUUAUUUUCAAAAACUUACUAGAUGUAUUUUAUUCUGUUUCCAUUCUUUUAAUAUUUCUGGGAAGAAUUUUGUUUAAUUAAGUUUUAAUUCGUCUCUAACAGUGAACUCUUGUUAAAUACUAAACUCUUGUUAAUUCAUCAGCUCUUGUUGAAUUUAAAAUAUGCUCGAGAAUUCGGUGAUCAACUUGGUACGCAGUUGUUCUUGCUUGCGCGCUUGGAUAGUCAGCAAAAAGGUUAUGACCUCGGAUGGUAAAAACCACACCCUGAAAUUUGGGGCGUUUGGUAUAGUUUAUCGGAAAUUUAUGCACGAAUAUUAGCAUUUAAAUUUGCUAUAUAUAAUCAAACAGAAGCGAGAGAAUAAGUUGAUUUUAUUAAUUGCACCUCUUUAAGCAAAAAAACACAGGAACGUUUGCCAGGUUUCGGUGUACGGGUACGAGUAGUGUCAUCUUGUUUUACUGAUGUCUGUAAUUCGAUCAUACUUUUUCUGUUUUCUUGCAAUAGACAAUGAUAUAAUGAGAAAAAUGUGCACCUUAAUUACGAGUAAAGGUACAGACAUCGACGAAAAUAUUGCUAACCAAAAUCAUGCUACUCGUACCCGUACACCGAAACCGGGGUAUCUUAACCUCUCUAUUGAUGACCUUCAACCCAGUUAGGCUUUGAUUCAAGUUUUGUUGUAGAAGCAAAUCGGCUUGCAUUGUUUCCUUUAUAAACAUCAUGUUAUUGUAUACAUUUAAUAUUUGCAUGGUCCCGAGGGAAAGAGUUUCUUUUGUUUUCCCGUGAGUCUCAAUGUUUCCCGAGACAAAGUGGAGGGAAACAUUGAGAUUUGAGGGAAAACAAAACUAAGUAUUUUCCGAGAGAACAGAAAUUUAGCGUUUUGUUAUAUAGGGACGAACAAAAAUCAACAUUGAACAACAUUCAUACAACAAUUGUUUUUCGUGACAAGAAAUCUAUAGUGUAAACGAGUUUAAAAUUAAAAGAACCUACGUAAACGGUUUCAGCAGCGUAUCCUGUCGCCUGUUGUGCAUUUGUCUUCUCUUUUACAUUCUUUAUUUGAACACAAACGUGGAAAAUCGUAGUUUCUAAUAGGCAAUUGCAGCUUUUAGUUUAUGCCUGUAGGGGAUGAUGGGAAGUAAGGUAUCAUAUUGCCGAUUAUGCUGAAAAAUUUCAAUAAAAACUACCGAGACAACCGAAAUAUUUCAAUAUUUACAAGUAUAAGCUAUCACUCCGUGUUUACACGGCCACCAUUUUUAUUUUUUCAGCAUAAUCAGCAAUGUGAUACCUUACUUCCCGUCGUCCCCUGCACGCAUAAACUAAAAGCUGGAAUUACCUAUUAUGCUAGUUGUGCCGCCAUUUUGUUUAUUUAUGUACGUAGCCGGUCGGGACUGGCAACAAUUUUUCACUUGUUGCCCUGCGGGGUACAUUGCAUUUAUCUGAAGUCACGUGACCACAAAUCAGCCAAUCACGUUUGGUGUUCACCCUAGCUAUAUAACAAGAGUGAAUAUAUUCCUAUCAGACCUGUAUUUGACUGGAACGUUAUAGAGCAUGCCUCUCUUGAAAUGGACGAUGUAUCAAGAUGCAUGUCAGAACGUAUGUUCAUCCAAACCAAAUACUCAUCUAUACGAAGCGCGCAAAAUAUAUUUUUGGACCAAAUAGUUGUUUAAAUUGUCAAUGAAUUUUGCUUUUACAACCGUUGGAAAAAAUCUAAAAAGUCGUAUUUAAACUCAAAACUUUAUCCCUUCAAGAACUGAAAUUGUCAAUGCACUUUCAUACGAAGCUGAUAAUAAUUAUUCUCACAUUGAAUAAUUAGAUUAAAAAUCAUUGACCAAUCAGGUUCCAAAACACACCAGCCGAACCCACUCACGGCCUUUUUCGCUGAACAUUCGACCACAGAAACAAAACCCUUGUGUACGAGGUUGGCACUACAGUAGGUGGGUGUUAGUGGGUUGACAUGCAGCAAUAAAAUACGUUAGUCUUCCAACAAUUUCAUAGUUUGGAGAUGACAUCCAAUUAUAAAGAACUAGCAAGUGCGUUGUUAACUAACUCUUAUAUUCCAUAGCUCAAAUUUUUUACACAUUCCACAUUCAUUGGCCCUAUAACAAGCUUGGCAUGUCCAGUUGACUUGAGGUCACCUAUAGUUUAAUUAUUGAUGCCUAGUCUUCGAUACCCUAUAAAAGAGAGUAGCGAAAAAAAUAUCUGAAAGUUUUGUAUGCAUUCCACAUAUAAAGUUCAAAAGUUCGACUAUUUUUUGUGGCUACUACAAUUUUUAAUUUAUGCCAACAACAAUUUUACAAACUUGCUUAAACAAACGACAAUUUUAAUUAAAAGUAAUCACUGUAUUCGACGGAUGGUUUUAUCCGGCCUUCCCAUAUACUACGCAUGUGAGAAUGCAAAUUUGGAUGAACAUUGCAUUACAAAUUCGCGAAAGUUACGUUUCUCUUGCUUUGCUGGGUAGAGUAAACAGCUUCCCUAAUUAGCCCAUCAAGUUUUUUAUGCAUUCAUUGCAUUGUAAAAAACCUGGCCUGCUGGCGGAGGCCAUAAAUCUAAGUCUCUGAGACCCCUCGUGUAAUUAACAGGAAUUUUAAUAUUUUCAAUUUUGAUAUAUGCUGUGUUGGUGUAAUGUACUCAGGUGAAUAAGAUACUUGUGUAAUGUUACUCUGAGUGUAUAUCCACACCGGGCAGACUUGAAAAAUAUGCCUGGCCACGGUGGGAAUCGAACCUAGGCCUACGACCUUUGGAAUACUAGCCCAAUGCUCUGCCAACUGAGCUACGCGGUCAGGUCGGUUCGAGUAUGCGAUCUUUCGGAACUGAGUCUAGUUCCUUUGAUAUCAGUGUAAUGGUCCAAAGGUCGUAGGUUCGAUUCCCACCGUGGCCAGGCAUAUUUUUCAAGCCUGCCCGGUGUGGAUAUACACUCAGAUUAACAUCACACAAGCAUCUUAUUCACCUGUGUACAUUACACCAACACAGCAAAUAUCAUGAUUAUUAGAUUACACUGAUAUCGAAGGAACUAGACUCAGUUCCGAAAUAUCGCAUACUCGAACCGACCUGACCGCGUGGCUCAGUUUGCAGAGCAUUGGGCUAGUAUUCCAAAGGUCGUAGCUUCGAUUCCCACCGUGGCCAGGCAUGUUUUUCAAGCCUGUCCGGUGUGGAUAUACACUCAGAGUAAAGGCUAAUUUCCACUCAGGAAAAUUAUCCGUGGAUUGGAACGGACAAGAACAUUUUUUAUUUUUCUUUGUGUUAAAGUCAUUAGUUCCAACCCAGAGCUCACAGGACAGAGAAAAAUGUUCUUGUCCGUUCCAAUCCACGGAUAAAUUUCCUGGGUGGAAAUUAGCCUUAACAUCACACAAGCAUUUAAUUUUAAUCUAAUUUAGCUUGUCCCAGUGCUCCGUGCUUGAAUGGUGGGACUUGUUCAAAUGAUGGAACAUCAUUCUCUUGCUCAUGCCCGGUUAGAUUCAGCGGUGACCACUGCGAAAUAGAAGGUAAAUAUUAUUUUCAAAAACGUACUAGAUAUAUUUUUUCUGUUUCCAUGCUUUUCAUUUUUCUAGGAAGAAUUUUGUUUAAUUAAGUUUGACUUCGUCUCUAACAGUGAACUCUUGUUAAAUACAAAAGUCUUGUCAACUAAUCAAGUCUUGUCAACUAAUCAACUCUUGUUAAAUUGAAAAUAUGCUCGAGAAUUCGGUGAUCAACUUGGUACGCACUACGCAGUUGUUCUUGUUUGCGCACUUGGAUAGUCAGCAAAAUGGUUCUUCCCUCGGAUGGUAACACCACACCCUGAAAUUUGGGGUGUUUAGUCUCUGAGACCCCUCGUGUAAUUAACAUGAAUUUUAACAUUUUUAAUUUUAAUCUAAUUUAGCUUGUCCCAGUGCUCCGUGCUUGAAUGGUGGGAAUUGUUCCAGUAAUGGAACAUCAUUCUCUUGCUCAUGCCCGGCUAGAUUUAGCGGUGACCUCUGCGAAAUAGAAGGUAAAUAUUAUUUUCAACAACGUACUAGAUGUAUUUUUUCUGUUUCCAUUCUUUUAUUUUUCUAGGAAGAAUUUUGUUUAAUUAAGUUUUACUUUGUCUCUAACAGUGAACUCUUGUUAAAUACUAAACUCUUGUUAGCUAAUCAAUUCUUGUUAAAUUUAAAAUAUGCGCAAGAAUUCGGUGAUCAACUUGGUGCGCUGUUGUUCUUGCUUGCGCGCUUGGAUAGUCAGCAAAAAAGUUCUGCCCUCGGAUGGUAACGCCACACCCUGAAAUUUGGGGUGUUUGGUAUAGUUUAUCGGAAUUGGAUGCACAAGAUUUAAUAACUUUGUUGCUUAAAAACCAUACACACUUGCAUCAUCCAAGCACUACUGUAUAUACUGCUAAAUACAAGAAUGUAGUAAUUAGUUAAAAAAACAACUGGUGGCCAAACAGGGCAUUGCCCCAAUUGAACAUGACUACCAAUUUAAAAACCUAUUAAAGAGUUUAUAUAUACCUAACAUUUGCUACUAUAUAUUUAUAUAUACAUAUUAACAACUAAUGGAACACUCUGCAAACUACUUAUGUGGCAGUUCAUAAACAUUAAGUUCUAUAUAAAAUUUCUUAAGAAGUCUAGACUUAAAAAUACUAGAGCUGUCAAUUGCUUUGAGAUCACUAUCUAACGAGUUCCACAUUGUCACAGCUCGAGGAAAAUACGAGUUUUUAAAAAAUUCAGUUCUACAUUUAAAUUCAGUGAAAUUAUUCACGUCAUGUGACCUAAUGUUAUAUCUAGGAGCAAGUCGACUUUGUACAUAAUCUGGUAAAUGUAUAUCCAAUAGACCUGUUCUACAUUUAUGAAAGAAUAACAAGUCUUUCAUACUUCUCCUGACAUCAAGUGGUAGAAGGUUAAGUUUUAUCAAACGUUCUUUAUAUCCAGUGUCAGGGUAAUUUAAAAUAAACUUUGUAGCUCGUCGUUGCACCGCUUCCAACAUAAGCUGGUAUUUUACUUCUGACGGGGACCACAACUCUGAUGAAAAUUCCAGCUGCGGCCGGAGCAAUGUAAGGUAGAGGAGCUUCCUGACAGUUUGAUCUUCAAAGUCUCUGCAGGUUCUUUUGAUCAACCCGAGUGUUCGAUUUGCUUUUGCCGUAAUCUCUGCAAUAUGCUUCCCCCAACGAACAUCGUCACUCACAGUUAUUCCAAGAUCUUUGGUGGUUUUUACCAAUUCGAGAGAUUCGUGUCCCAAUAUGUAAUCACUCACGUGCGACUGGAUUUUUUUUCGCGACAACCUCAUGACUUUACAUUUAUUUGUAUUAAAUUUCAUACGCCACGUUUCUGUCCAAGAGUUCAUUUCAUUUAAAUCUAGCUGUAAAUUUUCAGUAUCCGCAUCCGAUUUUAUUGUUCUAUAUAAUUUUGAGUCGUCAGCAUAUAAUGCCAUUUCUGUUGGUUGCUGAAUUUGAUCCGGAAGGUCAUUAAUGUACAAUAUAAAGAGCAGUGGACCGAGAAUAGAUCCCUGUGGAACUCCAGAAGUCACAUCGAGCCAUUCAGAAUAAUGACCGUCAAGCGCAACUCGUUGGAUCCUUCCUGAUAAGUAACUUUUAAACCAGUUGAAAAUAGAACCGUAGAAACCGUGUUUGCUUAAUUUACGGAGCAAUAAAUGGUGAGAUACCUUGUCAAACGCUUUUUGGAAAUCAAGAUAAAUUACAUCAACAGAGUGUUUAUUGUCCAGUGCUUUAAGAAUCUUGUGAUACACUUGGAUUAACUGUGUUGUGCAAUUUCUGCCUCGUAAGAAGCCAUGUUGUAAAUGGUGUGCAAUUCCGGAAAUAGAGUCAUAACACCGGUUGUAGAUGCAUUUUUCCAACACUUUCGAGACUAUGCAUAGCAGAGAAAUCGGCCUAUAGUUUUCAACGCAAUGCACGUCGCCAACUUUCGGAACCGGAGUGACGUUCGCCUGUUUCCAUAUGGAUGGAACUUCUCCUAAUCUUAGAGAAAGGUUAAAAAGGCGUGUUAGCGACGGAGUUAUUUCGUUUGCAACCGUCUUAAGAAGCCUUGCAGAGAUAUCAUCAGGUCCACCCGUUUUCGUCUGGUCUAGGUUUAAUAAACAAUCUAGCACUUCACUCUCGUUUAAAACAAUUUGACCUAGACUGUUGUCUACAAUUUCACAAUUUUCCUCACUGCGGUAUUUAUCACUAGAUUCUGGGGAAACCCCUGAAUUGAACACAGAGUGAAAAAAACUGUUCAGGAGAUUAGCUUUAUCCUUGCCGUCUGUGGCGAAUACAUUUCCGUAUUUCAGAAAUUGAGGAGUGCUAUAUGCUCUAGUUUUUGCUUUAAUAAAUGUCCAAAAACGUUUCGGAUGUUCAGAUGUUAGCAUUUAAAUUCGCUAUUAUCAAAGAGAACCGAGAGAAUAAGUUGAUUUUAUUAUUCUAUUCCCUUCAAACCCUAGUUUUUUAUUCAAGUUUAGUUUUGAUUCAAGUUCUGUUUUGUUUUUUGUUUCGUUCCUACAGGUUUUGAUUCAAGUUUUGUUGUACAAGCAAAUCCACUUGCAUUGUUUUCUUUAUAAACAUUAUGUUAUUAUACACUUAAUGUCUGGUUCCGAGGGAGAUAGUUUCUUUUGUUUCCCGAGAGUCACAAUGUUUGCCGAGACGAAGUCGAGGGAAACAUUGAGAUUCGAGGGAAGUAAAAUGGCAUGUCCAGUUGACUUGAGGUCACCUAUGGUUUAAUAUUGAUGCCUAGCCUUCGAUACCCAGUAAAUGAGAGUAACGAAAAAAAUAUCUGAAAGUUUAUGUACAUUUCAUAUAUAAAGUUCACAGGUUCGACUACUUUUUUUUGACAACUACAAUUUUCAAUUUAAAGAGAAAACUUUGUCUUGCUUAUACAAACAACAAUUUUCAUUACAAAUAAUUACAAAAUUCGACGGAUGGUUUUACCCGGCCUUACUACUACGCAUGUGAGAAUGCAAAUUUGGAUGAGCAUUGGUUUACAAAUUAGCAAAAGUUAAGUUUGUCUUGCUUUGCUGGGUAGAAUAAACAGCUUCCCUAAUUUGCCCAUCAAGUUUUUUAUGCAUUCAGUGCAUUGUAAAGAACUUAGUUAUGAAUUAGGCUAUGAAUCCAAGUCUCUGAGACCCCUCUUGUAAUUAAUAUUAAUGUUAACAUUUCUAAUUUUAAUCUAAUUUAGGUUGUCCCAGUGCUCCGUGCUUGAAUGGUGGGAAUUGUUCCAGUAAUGGAACAUCAUUCUCUUGCUCAUGCCCGGUUAGAUUUAGCGGCGACCUCUGCGAAAUAGAAGGUAAAUAUUAUUUUCAAAAACUUACUAGAUGUAUUUUAUUCUGUUUCCAUUCUUUUAAUUUUUCUGGGAAGAAUUUUGUUUAAUUAAGUUUUAAUUCGUCUCUAACAGUGAACUCUUGUUAAAUACUAAACUCUUGUUAAUUCAUCAGCUCUUGUUGAAUUUAAAAUAUGCUCGAGAAUUCGGUGAUCAACUUGGUACGCAGUUGUUCUUGCUUGCGCGCUUGGAUAGUCAGCAAAAAGGUUAUGACCUCGGAUGGUAAAAACCACACCCUGAAAUUUGGGGCGUUUGGUAUAGUUUAUCGGAAAUUUAUGCACAAAUAUUAGCAUUUAAAUUUGCUAUAUAUAAUCAAACAGAAGCGAGAGAAUAAGUUGAUUUUAUUAAUUGCACCUCUUUAAGCAAAAAAACACAGGAACGUUUGCCAGGUUUCGGUGUACGGGUACGAGUAGUGUCAUCUUGUUUUACUGAUGUCUGUAAUUCGAUCAUACUUUUUCUGUUUUCUUGCAAUAGACAAUGAUAUAAUGAGAAAAAUGUGCACCUUAAUUACGAGUAAAGGUACAGACAUCGACGAAAAUAUUGCUAACCAAAAUCAUGCUACUCGUACCCGUACACCGAAACCGGGGUAUCUUAACCUCUCUAUUGAUGACCUUCAACCCAGUUAGGCUUUGAUUCAAGUUUUGUUGUAGAAGCAAAUCGGCUUGCAUUGUUUCCUUUAUAAACAUCAUGUUAUUGUAUACAUUUAAUAUUUGCAUGGUCCCGAGGGAAAGAGUUUCUUUUGUUUUCCCGUGAGUCUCAAUGUUUCCCGAGACAAAGUGGAGGGAAACAUUGAGAUUUGAGGGAAAACAAAACUAAGUAUUUUCCGAGAGAACAGAAAUUUAGCGUUUUGUUAUAUAGGGACGAACAAAAAUCAACAUUGAACAACAUUCAUACAACAAUUGUUUUUCGUGACAAGAAAUCUAUAGUGUAAACGAGUUUAAAAUUAAAAGAACCUACGUAAACGGUUUCAGCAGCGUAUCCUGUCGCCUGUUGUGCAUUUGUCUUCUCUUUUACAUUCUUUAUUUGAACACAAACGUGGAAAAUCGUAGUUUCUAAUAGGCAAUUGCAGCUUUUAGUUUAUGCCUGUAGGGGAUGAUGGGAAGUAAGGUAUCAUAUUGCCGAUUAUGCUGAAAAAUUUCAAUAAAAACUACCGAGACAACCGAAAUAUUUCAAUAUUUACAAGUAUAAGCUAUCACUCCGUGUUUACACGGCCACCAUUUUUAUUUUUUCAGCAUAAUCAGCAAUGUGAUACCUUACUUCCCGUCGUCCCCUGCACGCAUAAACUAAAAGCUGGAAUUACCUAUUAUGCUAGUUGUGCCGCCAUUUUGUUUAUUUAUGUACGUAGCCGGUCGGGACUGGCAACAAUUUUUCACUUGUUGCCCUGCGGGGUACAUUGCAUUUAUCUGAAGUCACGUGACCACAAAUCAGCCAAUCACGUUUGGUGUUCACCCUAGCUAUAUAACAAGAGUGAAUAUAUUCCUAUCAGACCUGUAUUUGACUGGAACGUUAUAGAGCAUGCCUCUCUUGAAAUGGACGAUGUAUCAAGAUGCAUGUCAGAACGUAUGUUCAUCCAAACCAAAUACUCAUCUAUACGAAGCGCGCAAAAUAUAUUUUUGGACCAAAUAGUUGUUUAAAUUGUCAAUGAAUUUUGCUUUUACAACCGUUGGAAAAAAUCUAAAAAGUCGUAUUUAAACUCAAAACUUUAUCCCUUCAAGAACUGAAAUUGUCAAUGCACUUUCAUACGAAGCUGAUAAUAAUUAUUCUCACAUUGAAUAAUUAGAUUAAAAAUCAUUGACCAAUCAGGUUCCAAAACACACCAGCCGAACCCACUCACGGCCUUUUUCGCUGAACAUUCGACCACAGAAACAAAACCCUUGUGUACGAGGUUGGCACUACAGUAGGUGGGUGUUAGUGGGUUGACAUGCAGCAAUAAAAUACGUUAGUCUUCCAACAAUUUCAUAGUUUGGAGAUGACAUCCAAUUAUAAAGAACUAGCAAGUGCGUUGUUAACUAACUCUUAUAUUCCAUAGCUCAAAUUUUUUACACAUUCCACAUUCAUUGGCCCUAUAACAAGCUUGGCAUGUCCAGUUGACUUGAGGUCACCUAUAGUUUAAUUAUUGAUGCCUAGUCUUCGAUACCCUAUAAAAGAGAGUAGCGAAAAAAAUAUCUGAAAGUUUUGUAUGCAUUCCACAUAUAAAGUUCAAAAGUUCGACUAUUUUUUGUGGCUACUACAAUUUUUAAUUUAUGCCAACAACAAUUUUACAAACUUGCUUAAACAAACGACAAUUUUAAUUAAAAGUAAUCACUGUAUUCGACGGAUGGUUUUAUCCGGCCUUCCCAUAUACUACGCAUGUGAGAAUGCAAAUUUGGAUGAACAUUGCAUUACAAAUUCGCGAAAGUUACGUUUCUCUUGCUUUGCUGGGUAGAGUAAACAGCUUCCCUAAUUAGCCCAUCAAGUUUUUUAUGCAUUCAUUGCAUUGUAAAAAACCUGGCCUGCUGGCGGAGGCCAUAAAUCUAAGUCUCUGAGACCCCUCGUGUAAUUAACAGGAAUUUUAAUAUUUUCAAUUUUGAUAUAUGCUGUGUUGGUGUAAUGUACUCAGGUGAAUAAGAUACUUGUGUAAUGUUACUCUGAGUGUAUAUCCACACCGGGCAGACUUGAAAAAUAUGCCUGGCCACGGUGGGAAUCGAACCUAGGCCUACGACCUUUGGAAUACUAGCCCAAUGCUCUGCCAACUGAGCUACGCGGUCAGGUCGGUUCGAGUAUGCGAUCUUUCGGAACUGAGUCUAGUUCCUUUGAUAUCAGUGUAAUGGUCCAAAGGUCGUAGGUUCGAUUCCCACCGUGGCCAGGCAUAUUUUUCAAGCCUGCCCGGUGUGGAUAUACACUCAGAUUAACAUCACACAAGCAUCUUAUUCACCUGUGUACAUUACACCAACACAGCAAAUAUCAUGAUUAUUAGAUUACACUGAUAUCGAAGGAACUAGACUCAGUUCCGAAAUAUCGCAUACUCGAACCGACCUGACCGCGUAGCUCAGUUUGCAGAGCAUUGGGCUAGUAUUCCAAAGGUCGUAGCUUCGAUUCCCACCGUGGCCAGGCAUAUUUUUCAAGCCUGUCCGGUGUGGAUAUACACUCAGAGUAAAGGCUAAUUUCCACUCAGGAAAAUUGUCCGUGGAUUGAAACGGACAAGAACAUUUUUCUUUGUGUUAAAGUCAUUAGUUCCAAUCCAGAGCUCACAGGACAAAGAAAAAUGUUCUUGUCCGUUCCAAUCCACGGAUAAUUUUCCUGAGUGGAAAUUAGCCUUAACAUCACACAAGCAUUUAAUUUUAAUCUAAAUUAGCUUGUCCCAGUGCUCCGUGCUUGAAUGGUGGGACUUGUUCAAAUGAUGGAACAUCAUUCUCUUGCUCAUGCCCGGUUAGAUUCAGCGGUGACCACUGCGAAAUAGAAGGUAAAUAUUAUUUUCAAUGUAUGUAUUUUUUCUAAGUCUUGUCAACUAAUCAACUCUUGUUAAAUUUAUAAUAUGCUCGAGAAUUCGGUGAUCAACUUGGUACGCACUACGCAGUUGUUCUUGUUUGGGCGCUUGGAUAGUCAGCAAAAUGGUUCUGACAUCGGAUGGUAACACCACACCCUGAAAUUUGGGCUGUUUAGUAUAAUUUAUCGGAACCAUUUCCGAUAAUGAAUCCAGGUCGCUGAGACCCCUCGUGUAAUUAACAUGAAUUUUAACCUUUUUAAUUUUAAUCUAAUUUAGGUUGUCCCAGUGCUCCGUGCUUGAAUGGUGGGAAUUGUUCCAGUAACGGAACAUCAUUCUCUUGCUCAUGCCCGGCUAGAUUGAGCGGUGACCACUGCGAAAUAGAAGGUAAAUAUUAUUUUCAAAAACUUACUAGAUGUAUUUUUUCUGUUUCCAUUCUUUUAUUUUAUUUUUAUAGGAAGAAUUUUGUUUAAUUAAGUUUUACUUCGUCUUUAACAGUGAACUCUUGUUAAAUACUAAACUCUUGUUAACUAAUCAAUUCUUGUUAAAUUUAAAAUAUGCGCGGGAAUUCGGUGAUUAACUUGGUAUGCAGUUCUUGCUUGCGCGCUUGGAUAGUCAGCAAAAAUGUUCUGCCCUCGGAUGGUACACGACACCCUGAAAUUUGGGGUGUUUAGUAAAAUUUAUCGGAAAUUGAUGCACAAAUAUUAGCAUUUAAAUUUGCUAUAAUCAAAGAGAAACGAGAGAAUAAGUCGAUUUUAUUAAUUGCACCUCUUUAAGCCAAAACACAGGAACGUUUGCCCGUAACAUCGAUGACCUUCAAAGCCUAGUUAGUCUUUGAUUCAAGUUUUGUUGUAGAAGCAAAUCGGCUUGCAUUGUUUUCUUUAUAAACAUCAUGUUAUAAGCGAAUAUAUUCGUACCAGCAUCUUUAUUUGACUGGAACGCUGUACAGCAUGCCUUUCUUGAAAUGGACGAUGUUACGAAGAUGCAUGUCAGAAAAGUAUGUUCAUUCGAAACAAAUACUCAUCUAUACGAAGCGUGCAAAGAUUAUUUUGGACGAAAUAGUUGUGUAAAAUUGUCAAUGAAAUCAUUUUUGCUUUUACAAUUGUUGGAAAAAUCCUAAAAAGUCCUAUUUAAACUCAACACCUUAUCCCUUCAAGAACUGAACUCUCGUUGCACUAAGCUGAUAAUAAUUAUUCUCACAUUGAAUAACUAGAUUAAAAAUCAUUGACUAAUUAGUUUCCAAAACAGACAAACCAUUUGGCGUGUCCAGUUGACUUGAUGUCACCUAGAGUUUAAUGAUUGAUGUAUAGUCUUCGAUACCCUAUAAAAGAGAGUAACGCGAAAAAUCUCUGAAAGUUUUGCAUGCAUUCCAUAUAUAAAGUUUACAGGAUCGACUGCUUUUUUGUGACCACUACAAUUUUUAAUUUAUAAAGAGAAAAGUUUGUCUUGCUUUUACAAACAACAAUUUUAAUUUAAAGUAAUCACUAUAUUCGACGGAUGGUUUUAUCCGGCCUUCCUGCUACGCAUGUGAGAGUGCAAAUUUGGAUAAACAUUGCAUUACAAAUACGCAAAAGUUAAGUUUCUCUUGCUUUGCUGGGUAGAGUAGGCAGCUUCCCUAAAUAGCCCAUCAAGUUACUUAUGCAUUGAAUAUAACUUAAUUUGCUGGCGGAGGCUAUGAAUCCAAGUCUCUGAGACCCCUCUUGUAAUUAACAUGAAUGUUAACAUUUUUUAUUUUGAUGCAAUUUAGGUUGUCCCAGUGCUCCAUGCUUGAAUGGUGGGAAUUGUUCCAGUAAUGGAACAUCAUGCUCAUGCCUGGAUCGAUAUACCGGUGACCGCUGCCAAAUCGAUG